AUGGGUAAAAGUCAUUCAAAAAAUACAUUUACGCAAUGGGAUUUAGAUCGAUUCAGUAAUAUUACUGGUAUUCCUCGAGCUACAGUUGAAAAACUUUAUCAAGAAUUUGUUGCUUCAACAGGAAAAAGUAAUCAAAUGGACAAGAAAGAAUUUCGUCGUUUAUAUAAACAAUUAUAUCUAAGUGCACAAACUGGUCCAACUGUUCCAACUGUUCCAGCAGUUCUUAGUGAUCACGAUAUGGAUAAACUUUCCGAUCGAGUUUUUAAGGCUUUUGAUGCUGAAGGAUCAGGCAAAUUGUCUUUUGAAGAAUUUGUCAAUGCAUAUUUAUUAUUAAGUCGAAAUCCACAGGGAAAGACAGCUGUAACAGCUCGUGAUCGAUUAAACUAUGUUUUAGAUCAAAACAAUCCAACACCAGGUUAUAUUUCACGAGACCAAGGUGAACAAGUAUUUAAUCGUCUUAAUCGAUAUUAUGAUUGGGAUGAUGCAACAAAUACACCAUUAACAACAACUGUAACAACUACUCAAACAAAACCAGUUACCUCUACUUGGGAACAACAUUGGAGUAAACUCGAUGAUGGCAGUGGCCGUGUUCCACAAGAAAAAUUUGUUGAAUAUGUCACAACUUCAAAUGAUUUUAGAAAUCAUAUCGAUCGUAUUUAA